AGGACAGUACCACUCAACUCAACUCAACUCAGUUGUAAACACUUUUCUCAGUCAAACACCUCACUCACCAGUCACCCCCUCGAUACUCGACAUAAAACACACACUAAAAUCUCGCCACCCAAACAUGCCAUUACCCAACACAUGAUGAAUACAUGAUAUAUCAUCAAUGUUUUCAAACUGUAACAGCUGCAACAACUGCUUUAACAUUUCCACCUAAAUCAUAGCCUUUUCCACUUCUUCCUCCUCUUGUUCUUCUUGACCCCUUAAUUCCUACUUUGGUCAAUCAUUUAAUAUAAUACAUAAUAUUAUUAAUAUAACACACUCAUAGUCACACACAUGUUUUUUCUUCAUUAAAUCUCUUUUCAAACACAGAUUAUCAGAAAAGAUAUGGAUGAUCUUUCUUCCACUUCCAGCCUUCUCUGUGAAGAAAACGUGACUUGCUUGGGAGAUGAAGAUGAACAACAACAACUGCAACACCCUUUCAUUCAAUCAGAACUGGGUUUUUGUGAUGAGCAUGUUGCUGUUCUGAUUGAGAGAGAGGCUGUUUUUGGGUUCAAAAAGGAUGAAAGUUUGCUCAUUGAGGACUGGUUGAAACAUGCCCGAAUGGAUGCAAUCAAUUGGAUUCUCAAAACCAGAGCAACAUUUGGUUUUCGCUUUCAAACAGCUUAUUUGUCUGUCACAUACUUCGAUCGAAUCCUUUCUAAGCGAUCCGUUGAUAGUGAAAACAAGUUUUGGGCAAUUCGGUUAUUAUCAAUUGCAUGUCUUUCAUUGGCUGCAAAGAUGGAGGAAUGCAAUGUGCCAGGGCUAUCAGAGUUUCAUUGGGAAGAUUAUUCAUUUCAGGGAAAAGUGAUUCAGAAUAUGGAGCUUUUGGUGCUGACCACUUUGGAGUGGAACAUGGACAUUGUCACCCCCUUUGCUUUUCUUCAUUAUUUUGUCACAAAGUUAUGCAGUGAAUCCCCUCCAAGUCCUAUUUUUUCCAAGACCAUACAACUCAUUGUAGCCACAAUGAAAGAGGUCAAUUUAAUGGAUCACAAACCGUCUGUUAUUGCAGCAGCUGCUACUUUGGUGGCAUUGGAUCAGAAAUUGACCAUAGAAGCAGUGAAGUUGAAGAUGAGUUCAAUUCCUCAACUUCAGCUUAUUGAACCUAAUGAUGUAUUUGGGUGCUACAUUCUAAUUCAAAGAUUAUAUGAGGAGGAGAAGACUAGAGGAGACAAGCUUUUACAUACUCCAAAUUCUUCACCCUUCCGAUCCAGGCCAAUUGACAUGACAGAAAACUCUCAAGCUACUUCUUCUAAGAGAAGAAGACUCACGUUUGAUGAUGAACAAAGUCAUGAUGGCAAGGGACUUGACCAGGAAAGUCCAAAACCUUGAAGUUUUUAACAAUUUUAUGUGAUGAUUAUGUGUUAUCCUUUUAUGUUACUUUAUUUAUUUAUUUUUAGACAGGGGGAAAACCCUCAAGAGAAAGGUAUUGAUUGUUACUGCACUAAAAAAUUGAAAUAGAGAGGUGGAAACAAGGAAAAAAGAAUCAGACUUUGGUAUAGAUUACACUAGUUGAAAUGCUAAUAACACCAGAUACCAGAAAGCUGUAGAGACAGCUAGUUAGGCCAUAGUUGUUUCUGUUCUACACUUUUUUUUAUAGCCUUUUCCCCAUUA